AUACGACUAUAGAAUUGAAGGAAAUGACACACAAAAAAAGUGAAAAACCAUAGAAAAACAGCAAAAAUGAGUUCCAAUUCUAAACAAAAUAAUAAUCUUCCUACUAAUGAGCUAGAAAAGGUUGAUGAUGCUUACCUUUCAGCAUUGACAUUAUGUUUUAGUAGGAUUUUUCCUGCAAUAUUAAAUGCUGCUGUUGAUCUCAAUUUAUUUGAUAUCAUAGCUAAGUUACAAAUUUCAAGUGGUAAUAAUUCUAGCUAUUCUGCUUCUGAAAUUGCUUAUGAGCUUCCAAAUCAACACCCUGAAUUGGCUGAGAGGCUUGAACGCAUGUUGACUGUUUUGGCUAGCUAUUCUCUUCUCAAUUGUUCAAUCCGUACAAAUGAAAAUGGUAAGAGAGAAAGAGUUUUUGGUCUCUCUUCAAUUGGUCGAUACUUUGCAAUUGAUAAAGAUGGAGGCUCUUUGGGUCCACUCUCAACAUUAAUCCAUAGAGGAUGUAACAGCGUUUGGGGUGAUGUAAAGGAAGCAAUUUUGGAUCCUGGUGUGAAAACUCUUUUCCAAAGUAUCAAUGGGACACCAUUUUAUCAAUAUACAAAGACAAAUAAUGAAUUGAAUGAUAUUACUAACAAAGCAAUGGCCCAUGCUGGACCUUUAGAAAUUAAAAGAAUCCUCAAAUUAUACAAAGGAUUUGAGGGAAUCUUAACAUUGGUUGAUGUUGGAGGUGGAUUUGGAGAGACCUUAAAAUUCAUUAUAUCUCAAUAUCCUUCAAUUAAAGGAAUUAAUUUUGAUUUGCAACAAGCUGUUCAAGACGCACCUUCUCAUCCAGGGAUAGAACACGUUGGAGGAGAUAUGUUUGAAAGUGUUCCAACUGGUGAUGCCAUUUUACUAAAGCUUGUAUGUCAUAAUUGGGGAGAUGAAGAAUGUGUGAAGUUUUUAAAAAAUUGUCACAAAGCUUUGCCAAAAAAUGGGAAGGUAGUUAUUUUGGAUUAUAUAAUUCCAGAGGUGCCAAAUUCAAGCAAUAUGUCUAAGCAUGUUUGUGAUAUUGACAAUCUAAUGUUUUUAGUAACAACUGGAAAGGAAAGAACUGAGGAAGAAUUUAAGAGCUUAUGUAAGAAAUCUGGAUUUUCUAAAUUUCAUGUUGCUUGCAGUGAUGUUUCAGCCAUGUCAGGAGUGAUGGAAUUUUAUAAAUAAUAAUUUUUUUAUUAUUGUUAAUAUAAACAAUAAAAGUUACUUAGUAUAACUUGGAAUCUUGAUAUAUUGUCAGUUGUUAAUUUUAUUUUAGGGUCAAAGAAUAAGGACAAUUGUGUCCAAUCUUUGAAAGAAGUAUGUUUCUAUGUUUCUCAUAUGAUCACAAUAAGUUAUAUAUCAAGACGGUUAUUCCUUA